ACUACCGAGCGACGACGACAGCUCCGUGCGUUUUUUUGCGGAUGCUUCUUCGCCGGAUCGCGCAAAACAAGCUAAAUUUGCAUUCUCGACAGUUUUUUGGCUAAAUUUGUUUACGUUACCUGCAUACUAGCUUCGUGCAUCGUCUGCCGGACGUUGUGCAUUCCCACCGAACUGGCUAUGCUACCGAAAAACAAAAUUUUCGUCGGCAGUUUGCCGCCUUCCACGAAACCGGAAGAAGUAAGACGCUUGUUUGAGAACUACGGUGUCGUUACGGAGUGUGAUGUUAUGAAUCGGUGUGCCUUUGUGCACAUGCAAAGUCCAGAUAUGGCAGAAAAUGCCAUUCAAGCAUUACACAAUUCCAAUUUCAAGGGUGUCACAAUCAAUGUGGAACACGGUAGAUCCAAGGAGCGAUCGGGUGGCGGUGAUGGUGGCUCUGCCCCGUAUUCUAGAGGUGGACGUGGUGGUGGUGGUCAGAGAGGUGGUUCAAGAGGUGGCCCGUCCCAGGGUAGAGGUGGAUUCCGCCAAGAUAGAGCGAAUUAUAAUGAUGGUCAAGAUCGCAGCGGUGGGCCGGUUCGAAAUAACCAGGGCCGAGGCAAUUUCCGUAACCAGCCCUACGGUGGAGGUGGUGGUGGUGGAGGCGGAGGCGGAGGUGGUCGUGGCGGUGGUUAUGACAAUCAGAAUCAAGGCGGAGGUGGUUUUCGUGGUGGCUUCAAUCGUGGCAGCAGAGGAAGUUCCAACGACCGUGGUAGUGGGGGAAGAGGUGGUGGAUUUAACGGAGGGGGCAAUCGAUUCUCCGCUGGUCAACAGUUCAACAGCGAGGAUCGCCGUGGGUUUACUCUACCUAACGAAGGGGCCAAUCGAUUCAGUGCCGGAAGAACUGUUCAGCACGGUGGGCUGGCCAUCAGUCCGCAGAAUGAUCCAUUUACUCGCCGGAGUGUAGGGGAUACUGGGGCUCAGAGCGGAUAUGGAAACCGUGGAGGAUUCAAUCAAUCUGGCGGAUCCGGUAGCUUUCAAUCAUCCAACUACAAUCAGGCAUUUCCACCAUUGGGAAAUGAACCUGCCCGUGCGAGUCGUGGACAGCAUCCACCAUCGCAACCUUGGAUGCAGUAGCUUUCUAACAGCGAGCUCACUUCCGGAUGUCUGCAUAACUAAACAGGUUCAAUGAAUCGCGGAAGUGUGCGGUUAUUAGACAAGGUUUUUCCUUUCACAUCUUGUAGUUUAUUUGCUGUGUUAAGAAAAUGCAGUUUCAUCCCUUGAAAGUUCAGCUCACAGAUUAGCGCUAUACACCGUAUUACCAACCGCAGCGCCGAUCUUUUUUUAUUUACUGUUCUGUACGAAUGUCUGAACCCGGUUUCAGACACAACUACAAUCACGAGACUGUCGUGAUUUCGGUAGGAAUUGAACUUAAUUCACGUUUUCGUUUUUCUCAACUAGCAAGCUUUAUUUUUUUCUUUCCACAUUAAUUUAAUAAUAGUUAAUAAACCAAACCGACCGACCUGGCUGCGGUGCGUUUAAGUCUAGCACUACGGGGAAGAACCAGUGCUCGACACGAAGCCGUUUUUUUAUGUUUCUCAAACAAUAUUAAGCUAUCUAUACUUGUAAGAAUAUCAGAUUUAUCGACAAAUACAUAUACUGAAUAAUCAUGCCCAAGGACAA